AACUGCACAGGCAGUUUGGGGCAUGCGGUUAGUCCUUCGCCCGUUCUGCACGCGGGGCCUGCGAUCGUAGUCAUGCGUGUGGGAUAGAGGUUGUUGCUUCCGCACCCCCACACGCGCGGCGAGAGCAUGACGGCAGCUGAGAGAGAGCAGAAAGAGCUGCUGGCUCUGAUGCACCAGCAGUUGGUCCAAAUGGGUUAUGAGAGAGCAGCCAAGGAGUUGCUGGAGCAGAGCGGCCAGAAGACUUUCCCAUCAUCUCAUAUUUCUCUAAAAGAGAUCAUCGCUCAGUGGAGAAAGACUUUCUUACAAAAUCGAAAACCAAAAAAGACCAUAGAAACCACGAGAGGCACUCCAGUAAAGAUCAGAAUUCCUGACCCCAAGAGCAGCUCUGAGAGCUCAGAGGAGGAGGAGCAAGCAGCAGGAACCGUAAAAAAUAAUCUGCCUGCCAAUAACAGCACCAAGUCAACAAAGACAGUAACUAAAGAAGAGAGUAGCAGCGAAGAUUCAGAUUCAUCUUCUGAAGAGGAAGCAGUUGCCAAAACGACUGACAAAAACCCCGUGGCUAGGAACAAAACUGAACUUCUGCAACUGGCUGAUCAAAAUGCUAAUUCUGUCCCAGGAAAGGGGGUGACUGUUGCUGCUGCCCAAGCAAAAGGAGAGCAGAACAAAUCUGCUUCAAAUAAGACCCUGCCUCCAGCUGCGAGAAAAGCAGGGCCAAAUAAAGUUCUUUCUAGCAAAGCAGGACCUCCUGCGCAGUCACUGAUUUCAGGAGGGCAAAAAACAACACAGACCACAAAGACAGCAGAGAGCUCUGAAAGCAGCAGCAGCAGCAGCAGCAGCUCAUCUGAGAGUGAGGAAGAAACAACUUUGACCCCAGCAAAAGCCCCACCUUCCAAACCAGCUUUAAAGAAGGCGGCGAGCACAAGCAAGGACUCAAGUGAUGAUUCUGACUCUGAAGACGGGACAAAAGCACCAACAGUCCAAAUUAAAGCAGCUGUGCAAAAUUCCCCGAUUAGUAGUCCACUGCUGAACAAGUCACCAGUCACUCCUGGAUAUUCUGCAAGAAAUACAGUAAAGGUAACUACAGCAAAACAAGUCAGUGCAAAAUCUGGAAAUGCAAACAGAAGCCCAGAAUCAACAGACACUUCAGAAACUACUGACUCAUCGGAUAAUGAGACUAAGGCACCUGCUUCAGUAUCACAGGCCUUCAAAGCACCGGCAAAAAAUGCAGCCGCAAGUCCAUUAAAGAAGGCAGUUUCUGCUUCUGUUCCAUCAAAAUCCACCCCGAAGGCCCCCACAACCAGCUUAUCAAAACCACCGCCUCCUUCAAAAGAAGCUCAGAGCUCAGACAGCAGUGAUUCAUCAUCUGAGAGUGACAGUGAGACUCUGCCUGUUCCCAUAAGUCAGAAGGCCUUCAAAGCACCAGAGAAAAAUGCAGCAUCAAGUCCAUCAAAGAAGGCAGUUUCUGCUUCUGUUCCCUCAAAAUCCACCCAGAAGGCCCCUGCAACCGGCCUAUCAAAACCACCAGCUCCUUCAAAAGAAGCUCAGAGCUCAGACAGCAGUGACUCAUCAUCUGAGAGUGACAAUGAGACUCUGCCGGUUCCGAUAAGUCAGAAGGUGCAGAGAUUAGCAACUCCACACCCUUCUGGGAGGACCAGACAAAAUCAGGCCAAUCAGCCUGGGAUCCUACCCAAAGCUGCACCAGGUGCUUUGAAGGAGAAGGAAACACAGAAUGAAAGCAGCAGCAGCAGCAGCUCAUCUGACAGCGAGGAUGAAACUGACCUUACAACAAGCAAACUGCUGGCUCCACCAGCCCCCAAAGCAACUCAUGCAGUUCAAAGUGUAGGUACGGUGAAGCCCCAGCCUCCAAAGGGAUCCCAUCAGAAGGCUCAGCAGAGCGAAGAUAGUAGUGAAGAUUCAAGUGAUGACUCUGACUCCGAGGAAGAUAGAGUGGUCACUCAG